AAAACAAAAAACAGAAAAAAACAGAAAGGCAUUACAGCUUCAGUAGAGCCAGCACGGCUUGUUUUUAUUCAUCUAAAGACAUUGAAAGACUUGAGUUUAAGAGAGGAAACUUUUGUAUUCUUGAUUUAAUAGAUGUAAUGUUGUUUUAUUAGCCUUUAGUUGACGACAUUAUAUGAAUAAUACUCGUGGGCUGGUGUGACUAAAAUGGCUGCAUUUGAUGUUAACCUUGACGUGUGGAUUGGAUUUUAAUAAUUAUCUCCAGAUCACGUGAUGAGGACAGGUGAGCAGCACGUGGGUGGAUGAAUGGCUGCUCUCUAGUCUGGUGGUUAAGAGGGGAUUCAACGCUCUUCUUCUUCAUCUUCAUCCUCCUCCUCCUCCUCCUCCCUCGGUCUGCGAGCGGAUGAAUGCCAGAUCUUGUGAUUUUACCUUCUUCAAAAGGACUCCAUGUCUUUCUUGGACUGUUCCUGCAUCUCCCACACUCAAGUCCAGCCCUUGGACAUAGAGGAGCAGUAUGAGGACAUCAGCCACCAGUUCCUGAGCUGUGAUGGUUCUGAAUACACCCUGCAAGGGCCGGCUGGUGGCGAUGACAUCACGGGGCUGUCAGCUGAGCCGGCCCACUACCAGCUGCUGUCCGAGCUGGGGAGGGGCUUCAACAACCUGAGCCAGGUGAACUUGGCGCGCCACGUCCCGACUGGCCAGCCGGUGGCCGUCAAGCAAACCAACCUGGACGAGUGCACGGAGGAGGAGCUGCUGCAGCUCAUGAGCGAGGUCCUGCUGUCCAAGCUGUUCCGUCACCCCAACCUGUUGACCUCUCGCCUGGUUUUCAGCUCCUGCUGCCAGCUCUGGGUCCUCACGCCCCUCAUGGCCUACGGCUCUGCAGACGCCUUACUCCGAACAUACUUCGCAGACGGAAUGAGUGAAUCCCUGAUAGCGUACCUGCUAUACGGCGUGCUGAAAGCAUUGGAAUACCUGCACCGGAUGGGCUACGUUCACCGGGGGGUGAAGGCCAGUCAUAUCCUGCUGUCUGGGCAGGGGCGUGUCUACCUCUCAGGGCUCCACAGUGUUUACAGCAUGAUGCGCGAUGGGAAGAGGAUGAGGGCGGUGUUCGACAUGCCCCACCACAGCCCCGCCCUGUUGCCCUGGCUCAGCCCCGAACUACUGCGACAGGACCUGCACGGCUACGGGGUGAAGUCAGAUAUCUACAGUUUGGGUAUCGUGGCCUGUGAGCUGGUCAGCGGCAGGGUGCCUUUCCAGGAUAUGCUCCCAACUCAGAUGCUGCUUCAGAAGCUGCGCGGCUCCCACUGCUGCCUGCUGGACGUGGCUCCCUUCCCGCUGGGCGAGCUGGGCGGGCUGAAAGUGUCGCGGUCCGGGGUGGACUCCGGCAUCGGGGAGAGCGUGGCCACCGGAAGCAUGACGCACAGCGCCACGGCUCCUCCCACCGACCGACCUCAGAGCCCCGCCCCCAAAAACCACUCUGCCACCCUGCACAACCUGGUCCAGCUGUGUCUGCAGCAGCAGCCCGAGCGCAGGCCGUCAGCAUCUACACUGUUGACCCACGCCUUCUUCAAGCAGGUGAAGAGGCACACCAGAGACACCUUCCUCGGCCUCAUGUACCCAGCAGUGCCCCUCACCAGCCCCAUGGACCCUCCGGUAUCCUGCCCCCCCGCCCCGUCCUGCCACGCUCCGCUGUCGGCAUCCGCCGAGGCCGCAUGGGACUUCUCCUAACCCCCACAACCUCCGCCCUCUAAAACCUCUGAAUCCUGACUAGCAAGCCAAACACAAGACAAUCAAAGCGAAGCAAUGAGGCCAAAUUCUACUGUGCUUUUAUUUUGUAUUAUUAACCCGACUCUCUGAGCCUUUUUUUAAAGUAGUUUCGUAGUAUUUUUUUAUAUGUUUGUCUGAUCCAUAUAUUCGGAGGGAGUUUGGGUGGUGGGAGAUUGAAGAGACUGUGAAAGUGCUGGAUCAAAGAUGCUGCUCUGGAUUAUAUAAAUUAACGAUCCAGGAUCAUGAUGAUAAUAAUAAUAAUGGACUGGCAGGAAGUCACAGGAAAAAAGAACAAUCGGUUGACUUAUAAUCACUUCCUUUGAGCUACGAGUUAAAGGAAAAGGCCACCCUGAAAUACCGUUCUCUUUACACGGAGCUCUUCCUAUUUCCUUGGGUGAUGGUCAUUUUUUUUAGGUGACCUGUACCUGUUCUCCUCAAAGUAUUCUGAAGAAUGGAGGAGCUUGUUAACUGAAUCUGAAAUAGAAAAGGAAUUUCGUCAUAAAGUUAAAUUCUAACAGGUACUGACAAAAUAACCCCUGAAGCACAAGUGACUAAUGGAGGGUGGGUUUUUUCUUUGCGGUAUUAUUAUGUAUUCAGACUGUGAAUAGUUAAUACUGAGGUACAUGAAAAGAUAUUUGCAACACACGUGCAUAUAUAUUCAUCUAUAUCAA